GUCAGACACAACCUAUGAUGAUUAGGCAGGCUGCUAAGAGGUAGCGCAUUUCUCAGGCUGUGCGACAAUACCCAUCCUCUCCAGAGGGGAAGGGGAGAGAGGAGAAGAGACUUUAACACUGGCAGUCAAGUGCAGCUGACCCCGGGACGCGGGCUGCCUCCCCUACCUACAGGGCCCGGGUGCCCUGUGAGUCAGAGGGGAAGCCCCUCCCGCGGGGCCCUCGGCGAGGAGGCAGUUCCCCCCACGGCCCCCCGGGGGCGCUGCGGGGGAGGCGGGGUGGGCCCUGGAGCAGCGGCUCUCGCUCUCGGGCGCCCAGGGCGCUCACUCUCUCGGCACUCACUCGACCGGAGGUUUCUCGGCUGGCCGUGUCCCGCCGCUCCCGGAGCAGCAGGAGCUCCCCCUGCACGCCCGCGGUCCCGCUCCGGCCCCCGGGGCUCCAGACGCCGCCGCCCGACGGCGACAUGGGCGUCCCCCUAGUCCCGGAGGCCGGUGGCCGGCGUUGGGGGCCUGUGCUCCUCACUCUCUUCCUGGCUGCCUCCCGAGGUCUGGUGGCGGCCUUCAAGGUCGCCACACCGUAUUCCUUGUACGUGUGCCCCGAGGGCCAGAACGUCACCCUCACCUGCAGGAUCUUGGGCCCCAUGGCCAAGGGGCACGACGUGACCUACUACAAGACGUGGUACCGCAGCUCGCGGGGCCAAGUGCAGCUGUGCUCGGAGCGCCGGCCCAUCCGCAACCUCACAUUCCAGGACCUUCACCUGCACCACAGCGGCCACCAGGCCAACAGCAGCCAGGAUCUGGCCCAGCGCCACGGGCUGCAAUCCGUCUCCGACCACCAUGGCAACUUCUCCAUCACCGUGUUUAACCUGACCCCAGUGGACAGCGGCCUCUACUGCUGCCUGGUGGUGGAGAUCAGGCAGCACCACUCGGAGCAGAGGGUCCACGGUGCCAUAGAGCUACAGGUGCAGAGAGACAAAGAAGCUUCACCCCAGUGCAUCUUGUACCCACCUUCCCCCAGGGAGAGUGAAAGCAUCACGGCUGCUGCUGUGGCUACAGGCGCUUGCAUCGUGGGCAUUCUCUGCCUUCCCCUCAUCCUGCUCCUGGUCUACAAGCAAAGGCAGGUGGCCUCCAACCGCCGUGCCCAGGAGCUGGUGCGGAUGGACAGCAACAACCCUCAAGGAAUCGAAAACCCUGGCUUUGAGGUCUCUCCGUCUUCCCACGGGAUGCCAGAGGCCAAGCCCAGGCCUCCACUGUCCUACAUGGCUCAGAGGCAGCCUUCGGAGUCUGGCCGGCACCUGCUCUCCGAGCCCUGCACUCCUGUGUCUCCACCAGGCCCUGGGGAUGUCUUCUUCCCAACCCUCGACACCGUGCCUGACUCUCCGACCUCUGAGGCCAUCUAGGCCAGCUGGGGCCAGUGGGCGAUCGUGGCUGGGCCUGGGGCAGGUGCAUUUGAGGUCAAGCCGGCCCUCUGAGUGGUCCCUUAGCCUUGGCCCUGGUUCCCUCCCUCCUGCUCUGAGCCCAGACUCUUUGAGAUACCUCUGAUGGCCAGACCCUCAACUCCUCUGGGUGCUACACGGCAGCAGGGAGAAGGUAUUGGAUCCCUCAGUCCCUGUCUCAAGGAUGGUGGGGUGCCGGGAUCCCACCCAGAGACCCGAGAUUCACCAGCUGCAAAUGCCAAAAGGCCUACAUCCUAGAAGCCCAAGAAUUUUCAGCUCUGUGGCAGCUUCCUCCCCUGGGACAGGAGUCUUUGGGACCUGACAACACAGAGGGGACACGAUGGGCACUGGGCGGAACUCUCCCCGACCCAGUGCCAUCCUGCCAGGCGUGAGAUACAGGACAAGACGUGGAAAGACUCCUCCCUGCCGUGGUGAUCUCGCCUCUGCUCAUCUGUCAGACUCCCUCUUUGUAACCACGGGUCUCUGGGGCUGGGCCUGCCUGCCUCCGGGCCAUGGGAGCCUUCCCCCGCUGCCUGCUACCAGCAGCCUCCCCCAGUAGCUGUCAACGGGUUCAACAAAUCUGGGCUCCCCUUGCCUGCCCUCUGGUUCCCAGAGUUCAUUGACCGGGGUCCCUGAAACAGGAAGUGCACAUGGUGGCAUGGUGGCCACUAUGGGCUAACUGGCAUCUUGGGUAACGGACGCCAGGCAGGAGGUUGCAAUACCCACUGUAGGGGGUGGGGAGGGGGAGCAGGUGGAGCCUGCUGGGAAGGUGAGUGGAGAUGCUCCACCUCCCAUCCUCCCUCCCCCCUCUAGUGCUCAGUGUGCUCACUACAGAAGGUGACCCCAUACUGUAUUGUCCCAACUGUGACACUCUUGAGUGUGAAGAGGGAGUCCUAUUAACUACACGGGCAACACGUGCAAGCCCGGUGAACGGACUGUAAGAGCUGGGUUUUAAUCCCUGCGCUGCUUCUAGGUAGGGGUGCCUGAGGCCCGGGGAGCCCUCCUCCACCCACCCCGGUCUUCAGGGUUCCGUCCCAUUUAAUCUGCUGAGUCUUCGCUGCAGAGUGGCCCUGUCAGGUGGGCAUGUACAUGGGAGGGUUUGUGGCAACUCUGCUCUGGACCCUCUGCUCUGUCUCCUGCUUCAGGGCAUACGCCCUGGAUUUGUUUUAUACACACAUACAAGGGAAUCCUUUGUGGAAUUUCGAUUAAAGGGUUUUAAAACAUG